CGGCGGCGACAAAUCUCAGCGAGCGCGAAUAUGUCAUAUCUGCUCUCGCACCUGCACUCCGGCUGCGCCGUGGACCAGGCCAUCCUCGCCGAGGAGGAGCGCCUAGUGCUAAUCCGCUUCGCCCACGACUGGGACGAAACUUUUAUUUACGGCCAAUUAUUUUAUUACUUUGUGCGAGGAAUCCAAUUUUUUAGCGGUUUUAUAUUAUUGAUUGCAGACUUGCAGUUUAACUUUUUAGCAGGCUUUUGUUCUACAUCAACCUAGAAUGGCUGUAUGUUGUUGACUUCAUUACGAGUUUCUGACUAUCUACUUGUUCAUGUUUAGAUGGAUGAGGUGCUGUCAGGGGUGGCUGAGACCAUCAAGAACUUUGCCGUGAUCUACCUUGUUGACAUCACCGAGGUUCCUGACUUCAACACCAUGUACGAGCUGUACGACCCGUCAACGGUCAUGUUCUUCUUCCGCAACAAGCACAUCAUGAUUGAUCUUGGGACAGGAAACAACAACAAGAUCAACUGGGCAAUGAAAGACAAGCAAGAGUUUGUUGACAUCGUGGAGACUGUUUACAGAGGAGCUCGUAAGGGCCGUGGUCUGGUGAUUGCUUCCAAGGAUUACUCCACCAAAUACCGGUACUGAGGUAUCU